CUUCAACAGGCGACGGAACUGACGUCACCUCUAUUUGGUGUGAAAGGUCAUCUUAGGCCCUUAGCACUUCCUUUACUGAAAGCGGCCGCCAUUGAGCAACAGCGACAUGGGCAAGUUCAUGAAACCCGGGAAGGUGGUCAUGGUGCUGGCAGGGCGCUAUGCUGGGCGCAAGGCUGUCAUCGUUAAGAAUAUUGAUGACGGCACCUCGGACCGUCCCUACAGCCACGCUCUGGUCUCCGGGAUUGACCGCUACCCUCGGAAAGUGACCACCACCAUGGGCAAGAAGAAGGUCGCCAAGAGGUCGAAGAUCAAGGCCUUUGUCAAGGUGUACAACUACAACCACCUGAUGCCCACCAGAUACUCUGUGGACAUUCCUCUUGACAAGACCAUUGUCAACAAGGAUGUGUUCAGGGACCCUGCCCUAAAGCGCAAGGCCAGGAGGGAGGCGAAGGUCAAAUUCGAGGAGAGAUACAAGACCGGCAAGAACAAGUGGUUCUUCCAGAAGCUCAGAUUCUAAACUUGUAUGAUUUCAUUAAUAAAUAUGUAAAAUCCA